AUGGGCCGCAAGAGCAAGAAGGGCGGCGGGACCAGGAAGCCGCCCCGCCCCGCGGCGGGGUGUGCGGCGCCGUCGCCGCCGACCAACGCGGACUGGGAGGACUCCACCGCCGCCUUCCGGAAGGAGGCCGAGUCCGCGAUCCGCACCCAGUCCCGGUCCCACUCCCAUGACCACGACGGCUGCGCCGCCGCGGCGGCGGCGGCCCGCCUCGCGGAGCGCCACCCGGCGUCGCCGCUGGCGCACCACAUCCUCGGCCACGCGCGUGCCUCGGUCGAGGCGCGCGCGGGCGACGCGGUCCCGCCGCUCCGCCGCGCUGCCGAGCUCGCCCCGCGGUGCCCCGGGAUCGCCGCCACGCUCGCCUCCGCGCUCCUCUACGCGCGCCGGCCCGGAGAGGCUCUCGCGGAGUGCGCGCGCGCGCUCGACGUCGCGGACCCUACCGACCCGGCCCUGCACGCCGCCGACGCCUCCGCUGGCGCCUCCCGCCGCGCCGCCCUCGUGGCAACAACGAGCCCCCAGGCGCGCGUCGCGGUGGCACGGGAGCGGCUCCUCGGGGUCCGCGCCGACGCGGAGGCACUCGUGGCCACGGGGGCCCGCCGCGCCACCGCGCCACCGCCACCCGUGUCGAUGCCGACGAUGAAGCCACCUUGCUGUUGUCGCCACGCCACCAUGCGGAAGGCGGUGACCGACCACGACCUGCGCGGCUUUCUCACGGUGAACCUCGACGACUUGAGGUCGUACUGCGACCAAACUGGCGGCGGCGGCGUGCAUCUGCUCACCCUCGCAGUGGAGUUUGCCAAGGCCACAAAGGCAUGGGCGUACUGGCUGUGCCCUGUGUGCGACAUGGUUUUCUCGGACGCAAACGCAUUCGUGGCACACGUCGAGGACGAGUACAUCGAUGAACUGCAAGAGCUGCAGCCGUUGAUGCCCAAAAGAGCAGCCUUGGAUCCCGAAGAGCUUGAGUUUUCCAUGAAGUGGACGCCAUUUGAGAUGGGAGAAGAAGACGCAGAGCGAAGAAGAAACUUGGACAAGAUCAAGGAUGUCUUUUCUGGUCUCAAUACAUUUAAGGCUCUCCCUGUUGGUCUUGUGGACAAGGUCAUCAAGUUUGCGAGGAGUAGGUCCAAGAAACCAUUGCCAUAUUCCAUUCCUUCCUGUGUCACCUCAUUGGACUCUAUGGAAAUUCAAAGACUCAAUAAACCAUUGGACCAGCUUUAUAAUCAUUUAUCCAGAGUCUGGGAAUUCGUGAGGAUUUUGGGUGAUGGAGGGAAGAACAAGGGAGGUCGUUCUGAUAUCAUAUCUCUGGUUCAAGAUGGGACCUUAUUAUCUUUGGACGCUGAGAAGAUUGCUUCAAGAACAAAGGAUGGUUCCUGCAAGGAGGAUGCAUUGUUUAGAUGGCUGUUAAAUUCCCUGGAAGAGGUUGCGAUGCCAUGGGCUAGCUUGAGGCAGAAGUGUGUCCAUCAUGGAAACGGAGUCCUGGAAAAGAUUUAUGGAAUAUCAGCUUUAUUGCUGAGACAAUUUGAUAUGAAGUGUGCUGCAAAGAAGAAAAAUCAUAGGGAUUAUUCCCUUACGGAGGAAGAUUCUAUAGAUGUUGAGAUGUUGCUACUGGAUAAUGAAGUGGACUAUUUAAAGGGCAAGCUCGUGGAAGUUUGUGCAUUUGAUUACGGUGCUGCCAUUUUGCCUCUUAUUAGGGCUUAUAUAUGGGAUAAGUUGAAUAAUUCUACUGGACAAGACUCACAGGAUGUGGGUGAUAUAAAUGCUGUCAAUAAUGGAGAUGGUUUAGAUAAUCUGCCUGAGGAAUCUUUGUUCGAAGACAAAAUUCCAGACACUGAUUCAGACAUGCGUUUUACUAUCAGCAGGAUAGAUGAAUGUGAAAACUCCUCACUCUCGCAAUCCGAUAGCUCGAAUUUUUCUACCUUGGAAGCUGAAAGUUCUUCCAUAGACAGUGGAGUAGGUUCUGUGCUUCACUUCACUGCCGAGGUUCUGCUGUUUUUGAAUGUGACUCUGCGGGCAUUGUGGCAUUUGAUGGAGUUCCAUGAUAGGUUCCUGGAUAUACCACUUGUACUGCCUCAUCUUACUGCUGAGGUCCACUGCAUUAUCUGUCUUUUGCGAAAAACAUUCAAAGCAUGGGACAACGAGAAAGACUAUGGAGUCACUACUUUUCCACAUGAUGUAGGAACUGCUUUCAGUGAUAUUUUGAACGAACAUAAUAUUUUUGGGAAGGAAGGUAUAAACAUUGCAUCAGAAAUUAUAUCAACAAUCUUGGAGACUUUGCAUAAGUCACAUACUUAUUCGCAUUUUUACAAUGCAAAUAUUGAACACCGACUAAUAAGCACAUCAAGAGGCUUCGAUCUUGUAUGUGUAGCACAUAAUGUUUUUGGUUUGCCCAUUAGAGAACAAAAGAAAUGCAUCUGUCUGAACAAAUCCUCUGAAGAAAAGGAGUACAUUACAUUUUUCCACAGUGUUGAUGUCAGUGCAAUUCCAACAGUGGAGAAGAAAUCGCUCGGUCAGCUCCUGAGAGAUGCGAACAAGCAGUUUCAGUUUGCCACUGAGAACUGCCAAUGUGAGAACAAGACUAAGCGUUCUCUUCUAUCCGAGCCUCCUAUUUUUGCUAUUGUUUUUAACUGGCCGAUUGACAAGCAUUGCCACAUUGACAUGUCAGAAGUGCUGAUAAACAUAACCACUCCAUUGCGGUUUGAUACACUUUAUGAUGAAGUCCUUCCUCCAGAAGAUUAUACUCUGGCUACAGCCAUAUGCUGUCUUGAGGAGGAAUAUGUCUGCUUUGCUCGGAAAGAGGAGAAAUGGAUCAUAUAUGGAAGCCAGACAGUAGAGUUUGCAGAUUCGUGGGAGUGUUUACUCCAUCGGUAUCGGCAUAGGAGUCUCCGGCCCCAAAUACUUUUCUUCGACCGUGUUAGAUCAGAUAGCAGUAUCCAUUGAUAGUUGCAGAUUCAGUUACUUUCUCAUUUGAUUAGUGGUAGCAUUCACAUGGAUAGACGCACAACUCAUAUGUGGCCACAGCCGUUUGUACAUCCUUGUCUAGUCCUACUACUAAAUCUUUAAGGGCCAUUUGGCUGAAACUCAAGCUCAGAUUUUCAGUCUUUAGAGCUCAUUUUCUUGAUAAGUUGCCAAGUUGUAUAUAAGAAGUGAAGCGAGCAUUUCCAACA